UCCCUCCCUCCCUCCCUCCUUCCCAGUCUGGGCACCCAGGCCUGUGACCGCUUCGUGAGCGCAUAGGAGGUUGCCAGUCCUCUCUUGCGGGCCUGUGCCCGCGCCGUUCCGGGGCCUCCGUGCUGGGUGCGAGGCUCACGCCGGGAGCGACGCGCAGGCUGAGUGGCUGGAGCUUUUGCGGUUUGUAGUGCAUUCCUGAGCAUGAGUGCAGAAUGAAGCGACGUUUGGAUGACCAGGAGUCACCGGUGUAUGCAGCCCAGCAGCGAAGGAUUCCUGGAAGCACAGAGGCUUUUCCUCACCAGCACCGGGUACUUGCCCCUGCCCCUCCUGUGUAUGAAGCAGUUUCUGAGACCAUGCAGUCAGCUACAGGAAUUCAAUACUCAGUGGCACCCAACUACCAGGUCUCGGCUGUGCCACAGAGUUCUGGCAGUCAUGGGCCCGCCAUAGCAGCAGUUGACGGCAGUCACCAUCACCCCACAGCUGUCCAGCCUCACGGAGGCCAGGUGGUCCAGAGCCAUGCCCACCCAGCGCCACCAGUUGCACCAGUGCAGGGACAGCAGCAGUUUCAGAGGCUAAAGGUGGAGGAUGCCCUGUCCUAUCUUGACCAGGUGAAGCUGCAGUUUGGUAGUCAGCCUCAGGUCUACAAUGAUUUCCUUGAUAUCAUGAAGGAAUUUAAAUCUCAGAGCACUGAUACUCCAGGUGUGAUUAGCAGUGUAUCCCAGUUAUUUAAAGGCCAUCCUGACCUGAUCAUGGGCUUCAAUACCUUCUUGCCUCCUGGCUACAAAAUUGAGGUGCAGACUAAUGACAUGGUGAACGUGACAACUCCUGGCCAGGUUCAUCAGAUCCCCACCCAUGGCAUCCAGCCCCAGCCUCAGCCACCACCUCCACAUCCUUCUCAGCCUUCAGCCCAGUCAGCUCCAGCUCCUACUCAGCCAGCUUCUCAGCCCACACCUGCCAAAGUCAGCAAGCCUUCCCAACUACAAGCACAUACUCCAGCCAGUCAGCAGACUCCCCCACUCCCACCAUAUGCAUCCCCACGUUCUCCACUGGUCCAGCCUCACACACCAGUGACAAUCUCCUUGGGAACGGCCCCAUCUUUGCAGAACAAUCAACCUGUGGAGUUUAAUCAUGCCAUCAACUAUGUUAAUAAGAUCAAGAACAGAUUCCAGGGCCAACCAGACAUCUACAAAGCAUUCUUGGAGAUUUUGCACACAUACCAGAAAGAACAGCGGAAUGCCAAGGAAGCUGGAGGAAACUACACUCCAGCUUUGACCGAGCAGGAGGUGUAUGCCCAGGUGGCACGUCUCUUCAAAAACCAGGAGGAUCUGCUUUCUGAGUUUGGACAGUUCUUGCCAGAUGCCAACAGCUCGGUGCUUUUAAGCAAAACAACUGCUGAGAAGGUUGAUUCUGUGAGAAAUGACCACGGGGGUACUGUGAAGAAGCCCCAACUGAACAACAAGCCACAGAGGCCCAGCCAGAAUGGCUGCCAGAUCCGCAGACACUCUGGGACAGGAGCCACGCCACCAGUGAAGGUGAGAGUAGACAGUAAGGUGGUCAGAACCUGUAUAUCCAGAGCAAGUACUAUAGGUCACAGAAUUUCCCUACAGAGCUUCUUAGCAGCUUUGCAAAAGGUAGGUAGGAAGAACACUCACUGUGUGGAUUCGUGUGGUUUUUGUUAUUUUUUUUUCAGUCUUUGCAUUUUUCCUAUAUUAUCUCUUCUUUGCUAUGAACCUCCUACUCUUUUUUUUUUUAACCAAGAUUUACUAAUUCUUAUCAUGAUCAAAUGUGUUAAACAUGCCUUGUGUUGCAGGAAGAAGAUUGAUAAAAUUGAUAAAUUGAUAAACCUUAAAUAAGUAAAUGGUGUCUGA